GCCUCUGGUCCCGCCUCUUCUCCAUGUUCAUCGACCAUGCAGCCAACAGCGCCUGCUCUUCCUGAGUCUUGGGUCCCAGAACGGACCGUGCGGUUAAACACCGGCGCCCCCAUGCCACUUCUGGGCCUCGGCACCUACCGCCUUAAGGGGGAUGAAGCCGUGCAUGCCAGCCUGGAUGCAGCUCUGGCGAAUAGCUACCGCUUGGUGGAUACGGCCGCCGUCUACGGCAAUGAAGCCGUGCUCGGACGAGCCCUUAAGGAUUUGCUACCUCGCCACGGUCUCGCCCGCGAGGACGUGUUUCUAACCAGCAAGCUGAGCCCGAGAGACCACGGAGAGGAAUCUGCCUACGCGGCUUGCCUUCGUACCUUACAAGACCUAGAUUGCGGUUACCUGGAUCUCUACCUGAUCCAUUGGCCGGGGACUCAAGGCCGGCCUCAGGACGACGCCGGCAACCCGGAGCGUCGACUGCAAAGCUGGCGCGCCCUGGAGAGACUGCACGACGCCGGGAAGCUCCGAGCAAUUGGCGUUUCCAACUACACCGUCCGGCACCUUCAGGAACUGCUGGCUAAUUGCAGGGUGAUGCCCGCCGUAUUGCAAGUGGAAUUCCACCCCGAACUUGGGCAGACGGAGCUGCUGGAAUUCUGCACCCGGAACGACAUCCAUUUGCAAGCUUAUUCCUCGCUGGGCACCGGUCCGUUGGUAGAGCAUGCUGUAGUAAGGGCCGUCGCCCAGCGGCACGGUCGCACGCCUGCCCAGGUAUUGCUCCGUUGGGCUCUGCACCAAGGUGUCAGUGUGAUUCCCAAGUCGGCGUCUCCAGGCCGCGUGGCUGAAAACGGCCAGCUGUGGUCGUGGGACUUGAGCCAAGCCGACGUGGAAGAGCUACGCCGCCUGGAUUGCGGGAAACGGUAUUGCUGGGACCCCACCGGCGUGGUGUAAGAGCAGGCAAGUUUCUGACCGAGGCUUCCCGAGAGCAUGAAGCAACUCCUUGUCCCGACAAAAACCCCUUUUAUUAAUUGACUGUGAAU